CCCCCUGACCCCCCGCUGUGGGACCAAUAGAGACACUCCACCUGUGUGCAGUGCGCCUAUCCUGUCUGGAAAAAGUUGGCAGCGCAAUGGUUACGCUGCGUGCGUCUCAAGGGCAAACAGAAGCGAGGAAACCGAUCACAGCAACAAAUGAAGGUCUACCUUUCCAGACCUGCCUGUAUCUUCGCUCUGACUGCUCUGCUGUAGUCACGCUGUCUGCCACAGCAGCCGAGGAUGUUAUUCUGGGUUUAUUUAUAAGGGGAGUGGGAAAAAAACGGGAAGAUGCGCCUGGAGGGGAAACGUCACAUUUUCAGUAGGAGCGACGGUGUGGUGAGACUGUGACCGAGCCGGGGAGAGGAAUAUGCGGCACAUACCCUCCGCGCGUCGGGCCAGGGCGUCGGAUCUUUUCCGGAUUAACGUCCUAUAGCUGGAUGAUGCGAUUUCUUUCUUCAGACACACAGGAUUUGAUGAUCGCACCACGUUUAAGCGGGAAUCUGUAGCCUGUGUAAUCCCCCAGUAACGCCACCCCGGACCCCCCGGACCGGUUUCAUGGGAGCCGAACCAAGAGGCGGACUGUGCUCAUAAUCACUACAGGAAAGCAUCACUUUAAAGUUCUUUCAAGUUUCUGGAAAAAGGAUAAGGAUUUGGCUGCUUUGGUGCCACAUUUAACAUUAUAAGAAAGCCAUAGUUUGUGCAGGGAAGGUCAUUUCAGUCUACAGUGUCUCACUAAUAGAGGAUUUAACUGUCAUAGAGUUCAUAUAGAGAACUGAGUCCUAAAUCAUUCGAGCUAAAAUGCGACACAAUAAAGUUAUUGUUACGACCCUGAUGAUGCCACCCUGGGAGUCCUUUCAGGGAAGGGAGACUGGAGAGUGAAAGCGGGAUAUCUGCGCCUUUAUUCGGACACGGAGGCGACGCAAGGAGGACAAGCCAGCUUCUUUUUUUGGAUUGGUCCAAAAAAUAUUUUUUGCGUGCCCCUUGGACUCCUGCACAAUGGGGAUUAUGCUGCAAGUUAUUCUAGGAAUGUUUCAAUUCCUGCUGCUCACCAGAAUACCGACUUCUCACGCCAAGCUUGCUCACUGGCGCCCUGCCGACUCCCCCAAAUCCAGAGAAGGUCGAGAAGUGCGACGGUGGUUGGAGGUGUACUCGCGGAGCGGCUGCGAGCCUCGAGACACUCUGGUGGAGGUUUGGCGGGAGUUUCCAGAUGAGACCCACAGCCUCUUCAUCCCAUCUUGUGUGUCGGUGAGGCGAUGUGGCGGCUGCUGUGCUGACGAGGCUUUCGAGUGUGUACCCACGCUCACACACACAGUUACCAUGGAGCUGAUGAGGACGUCCUUUAUGAAGCACGAGCUCACUGAGCUGCCCUUCAUCGAGCACAGCCAAUGUGAUUGCAGGUUAAAGGAACACCUCCAGCCAACACCUACAUCAAGGGCCUUUCUGAAGCCAGCAAGAAAAGGCAAGAAAAAGGAAAGAGGGAGGAAGUCCAAACAGAAGAUAACUGGAGCCACCAGAGCUGCAACCCAUGCUCCUCCAGCUCCUUUUGCCACAUCUUUUCCUUCACCACCAUCACUGCCUCCCACCAAUAUCUCUCCCUCCACCAUUUCCUUCCCAUCCCCCUCUCCUUCUCCUUCCCCCUCUCCUACGACCCGUUGUCGCCCAUGCCGAAGGAGGAAGUGGGCCUUGGAUUCGACGACAUGCCAGUGCCGCUGCACCGUCACAGCUGAAACCUGCAGCCAAAAAGGCCGAAAGCUCAACCCUCGUCGCUGCAAGUGUGAAGCCAUGAGGACUUGAUGUGUCCGCCCACAUUCUUUUUUCGCCUCCAUCUCUCUACCAAAUCCCUGUCGUUUCAUCGCCCACCCUCAGCAUCAGUGCCAUAGACCAUACAGACACUUGGAAAGGCGGCGUCUCAAACUGAGGGGAAGCACACAGAAGAACCUGUAGCAGAGCUCCAGUAAAGCAACAAGUUCAUCAUCACUGCAUACAUCUGCUGUGUGCAAACAUCUUUCCGCCUCCGUUCUUCUGUGGGAAAGAUUCUAUCAGUCUGCAUGUACAUGGCGUGUGCUGACACGUAGCGUCGCAAAACACAUCCAAUCAGUGGAGGAUGAAAGUGGCAACUUUGAGAGGCAUGGGAAUAGACAGAGAAAAUCUUUCUCGGUGUACACAAGCCUGCAGGGGAACGCGCUGCGCUGUUAUUUCGGAGGCUGGACUCCGGGAAGUUCCUUUCACCUGCGAUUAAACUUGUAAACACAAGAGAAUAGUGGAAACGAGAGCUAUUAUACUCCAUGAGAACAACGCGGAUGCAGAGGAGUCUUACACAGGUGUCCUCGCAAGGAAGCUGCACAUGACGGAUUCCAGGGUUAAGUCGAGGCCAGUAUUUUGCAGAGGAUUAAGGAAACAACAGCAACAGAUUACUGAUGGACACAUACUCACAUACAACAGACAUACAAGAGUGACAUAGGACAUGCACAUGAACUGGCACCCCAGUGUGCGUGGACCUAUAGUUUAGCUGAAUGCCCGGAUGAAGUAUAUCUGUGUGGUCUCCCCAGUGAAAGACCCAGAUGGGUUAACCGUGCAGCCGCUCUCCCUUUUAUUCAAAGCUGGCUCUCCAAGCCGCUUUCCAGCAUUUGUUUAAUUUCGGCCUUUUGUCUCCGUCUUUCCUCGGUUCCUCGAUUGAAAGGAGCCGCAUUGCCUCGCUUUGCCUCUCUUUGAGGCAGUGAGGAGAAUGACAAUAAUGAGGCCUGGCGGCUGUCCACUGCUUCGCACACACACACAGAUUCACACUUAUAAUACCAGGAACACAGAUGACACACACACACUCACAUACAGACACAGCUUCAGCACACACAUGCAAUGUGAAUUGAAUGCAGGUAGUCAUAAGCUUUUGUUUGUGCAACACCAAGUGUGCAAAUAUAUGUGAGUUGUUUAUUUGCAAUUUACUGCAAAAUCUUCACUGAGUAUUGUAUUACUUGCCUCUGUUUUAUAUGUUAUUAUAAUUCUGUUGAGUUGAUUUGAAAGAUAUUCUAUAUUGCAGAAGUUUUCUUUGUUUUUUGUUUUUUUGUUGGGUUUUUUUCAGUGUUCAUCUUUAAUCUGCGUCUGUCACACUGGGUGGCCAGCUAAUACCCAAAUGUAUUGAAUUGAAACAGAGACAACUCACACGGGCCACAAAUGUGUGAGUCUCACACACACAAAACUCACACAGAAGAGAUGGGUGCAGAGACGAUACAUCAUAAUGUGUAAUUCAAACAGUCAGUGGGGCAAUGUUGUCGGCAACACAGAGAAACCAAGCAAAUAUCCGUCCCCAGUGCAGUGAAAGAAAAACACGGCUGUUGUUGUUGCGUGUUAGAGCCAGGAUGGAAAGAGUGUUAUUCAGCUGGAACAUAACUUGUUUAUAUUCUGACUGAAUCUCUCGGUCUAACUCCAUGUUGGUUCAUUGCUGCUGGGUGGGAACAGGGAUUUGAACCAUGCCUGCUUCAGAAAGGACGAGGUCUUGAGCAGCUUGUCAGUCAUUGUGAAGAGCUAAAGCCCUGAGCUCUGAUGGCCUAAAGUGGCAGGUCAUUGAGUUUAAAACCCUGUUUGACACCCAUUCACAGCCUGUGUGCUGUGUUAAAUUCUACUGAGAGCUAGUGAGCUCUCAGCGCCAUGGGAAACGGUAGCUUUGAAACUCCUCGAUUCAUGUCUUUACUCUGUCCCAUGAUUCAUACAACCCUGCCAGUUGAGGAAUAGUCACCCUGAAACAGCGUGCAGUCCAGAGUGUGAAUUAUUUAUGUGUCAGCCUUGAAGCAACUUGCAUCAGUGGCUGCUGUGAUAAGCUUUGUAUUUAUACUCUCCUUGGAUGAGAUUACUUUUUUUUUGCGCUCGAGUUCAUUGUUCAGUGUUUAUUACUGUCAAUCAAUGCUUAAAUCACUACCUCUAUAUCAUAACAUAUUAAUGACCAAGUAUUAGAGCAUUAUUGUUACUUUCUCUGUGAUAUUUCAGACCUCGUCUUAAGAUGAUGAUAGUUUUAGCAAUAAACAUUGUCUCAGCUGAGACUUGGAGCUGCAGCAGAUCUGCAGUGGUCAUCACUGGUUUAGAGGGACCUAUAGGAGUUUUUAUGAAAGGAGAGUUGGACUGGUCCUUUGAGUGCAGACCAGACACUGUGUGAUGAUGUGCAAACAGGACAUGGUUUCCCAAAGCUUUUGUUACCUCAAACUGCUACUGAAAUUAUAGGAAUAUUUUGACAUUUUGGGAAAUACACGAGUUGGAUGAGACGAUUGUUCCUGCUCUCUGUGCAAUCAAAAUAAAUACAGAGGGGAAUAGCCUGUGUCCAGAGGUAAAUCGACCUCACUAUGGUCUUUGUACAGUUUUACUACACAACAUGCUUGAAAGGGUCCGCACUACUAGAUUAUUUUUUACUUCUGGACCUGUUCAAACCAUCUGUUUAUGUCACUUUUUAAUCUUUAAUCAAAACUACUUUGUUUUUGCUAUUGGAUGGAGAUGGUGAAAUAUCUUAUUAUCUCCAUGUAAACAAAAAAAGUACAAUUUUUUAUUUUU